AUGCGGGCGCGUGAAGGAGGGAACCUCGGCGUUUGUCCGAAAACUAUGAAUAAGAGGCCAAAAGAUAUGUCAGUUAAGGCGAAGAAGCCUAAAACAGAAGCAGAUGCGGAUAUAAAGGAGCACGAGUGUGAGGGCCUCAGCCACGGAAUCAUCCGGGAGUUGCUCAGGCAACACUGCAAAGGCAUGUGGAGCGACAGCGAAGAUGAUAGCAAUUCAAACGGCAAAACACUGACAAAACAGCAAAAGGUAGUCAAAUGCAAUGAUGCCACCUUCGAGCCUCCUCAUGCUCAAGAAGGACACGCUUCACCGGAAGGCGCCAAAAGAAAAAUAAACAAAGACCUAACCACCGACAUGGUAGAGAGAGAAACAACGGAAACUAAGAUUGAGACAAUGCAGCAAGCAAGCCGCAGUCAUACAGCAGCAAUUGGGGGGCCUCCGCCCUUGCAGCACAACCCCCGACAGCGGCAAAAGCAGGGGAUCGACAAGGAAGAUGCAGCGGGCUUACAAGGAUUUGGUGGCGUAAAAAGGGCACUUCACCAGCCUCUAGCAGUAGAUGCCUCCCAUACAUGUAAGGGCAAGGCACUGGGGAAAUGGAACUGCAUGCGCAGGCGCGUGCACGCAGCAGUAAAAGCAGCGCCUGCUGCUACUACUUCUGCAGCUGCUGUGGGGGUUGAAGUGGAAAAGAAGGGACAACAAACAGCAGAGGGCACAGGGUCGGUGUCGCGGUCGCUGCAGCUGCUGAAGGCGAUGAGUGGCCUCCCUUCCCCUUCGACAGGGUCUAGAGAAGGCCUCAAGGAGGUAUCAGGUAAACCCACAGGUGGCAACAGCAACCCGAACAAGCAACAAGAGCCAGCAGCAACACGGGAAGCUCGCAAGGAAUUUAAUGAAGCUGUUCAAGAUAUCCGCAAAAUGGUGUACCCCCACCUCGGGCGGUUUCAGCGCCGUCAGUUCUUAACAACGGCUUUGAGAGCCAUGGGCAUUGCUGCUGGGAAGACCCAGAAGAUGCCCCUUCCAGAGCUGCGUGCUCGGCAGAAGGCGAAAGCCGAGGCAAUAAGCAAGCGAAGGGCAGAGGAGAAGACUCUGGGGGUGACAAGCCACAUUGACUAUCAGGGAUCGAUUCAAGAAGCAACUCGAUCGCGGUUGAAGCUGAAGGCACAAAAAGCUAGGAGGAAACACCUGCGCGACACCUUCAAACACGCUGGCAAACUCAGCAGUAGACAGAAAAACAGAAAAGAUGUAGCCUCGUGA